AUGAUACUCCGCUUCAAUGACUACAUCAAAUUGAUUGUGAAACUAGAAAACGCCAGCCCUCGACCCGUUUGGUUUCGUUAUCUUGCUAUUGUUUCCACGCUCAGUUCUGAAGGUGCCGAGGAGUCUGUGAUCAUGGGAGUUGACGUUCAUAAGGGUGCUAUCACAAUUGGCUUUACUAUACCCAUUUUUCAAGACAUCGUUGUCACGCUUGAUGGUGAUGGUGGUUUCAAAUUAAUAACUAAGAAUACCGUCCGCCUGUUUAAGCCCAUCUCUGUCCAAGGUCUCUGGGCCGCACAUCAGGCCAUAAUGCUCGGUUGUAAGGUAGCGCAACAAAGAGGCUACCAUGCAAAAGGCCCUAGCCACGCUUGGAUCUCACAUUAUGCUAAGCUCCCCGCUUCUGACCCAGUUAUGAUGUUUGAGUGGAACAAAAUGGAAGACAUCGAGGACAUGAACAGAGCGACCCCACCCACAGCAGAGUUCUGCAAUGUUGUCACGGAAGACGAAAAAAGAACUGAAAACUUCAAAAAUACAAUUCGACUUCAAUUGCAAAAAAUCAUGGCAGCAGUUGACUUAGAGGAUGUCAACAUCGUUCAGCUCCGAGAGAUGCUCGAGGCGCAGAUGGGUAUGUCUUUGAAAGACCAUCGCCACUUCAUCGCCGACCAGGUGCUCAUCAUCUACGGUCAAAUGGACGUUCCCUCUUUCAUUUUCGACCACCUUCUUUUGGGCAGUUCCUUCAACGCCUCGAACGGGGAUGAGCUGCGACGCAACAACGUCACGCACAUCGUUAAUGUAACCCGCGAAGUGGACAACUUCUUCCCAGCCGAGCACUUUGUCUACAAGAAUAUCCGUGUCUACGACGAUGAGAAAGCCCAGCUCUUGCCCCAUUGGGACGAAACCUACAAAUUUAUUAAUGAGGCAAGGUGGGAAAGUAUGCAAGUGCUCUACAUCGCCUGGAUGAUAUUUGCUGUCUAUUCUCCAGACAGAAGUAAUGGCACACGUUGUCUCGUCCAUUGUAAAAUGGGGAUCAGCCGAUCUGGUGCCACCGUAGCGGCGUAUGUGAUGAAAGAGAAGGGCUGGAAGCUAGAGGAGGCACUGGAGUUCGUCAAGAGCAAGAGGCCCUGCGUGAAUCCAAAUGCAAAUUUCCUCCGCCAACUCGAGACCUACCAAGGCAUCCUGGAAGCCAGUGCCCAUCGUCACAGCGCCAUUUUUCAAAAUCACGCCGAAAUUUUGAACUCCUUGAAACCUGCUGAUGCCCCAGUCUCGAAUGGCAGCAGCCGGUCACUACCCGCAAGUCCUGAGGAGAUAACGGAAGAUUACAACGCGCUGGAACCACCAGCUGGUCCGUCAGGUCCUGUAGAUUUGGAAGCGGAACUGUUCGCCUUUAAAUCCUUCCCCCAGCCCACACAGAACCGUGAAGAGCGGGUAGAGGCCUCUCAAACUCCCAACGAGUACCCGGGAGGCUUAAGAAGAACCGUGCUGGCCACUACCUCUCAGCGCAUCCGGCACUGGCAUCCGGACGUGUACGAGGGUGUGGGGAACGGGGGCGUUGUGGUCUGUCGCUCCAAGUCAUCCCCCACACCUGUCUUCAAGCAUCGCCAACUUCCAACCACGUCGGCGGCAACGAGUUCUACACUGCAGUAUGCCCUGCCUAUUAUGACCUCAGCCCAAUCCCCACUCUAUCCCACAACGACCAUCUCCGCGCCUAAUGUCUCGGUUAGCAGUGCAUCUUCGUGUGAGUUCAGCCUCGAUCCUGCGAAAGAGUGUGAUCAGACGGUUGCAUCGCCGCAUCCCCCUGCUUCCCCACCCCCAGAAAGCUGCUGCUCCUCGAUUAGUGAGCAUGAUGUCAUCUUGACGCCUUCAUUCCACCCAAGGACAAAAAUUAUGCAACCGCAACACGUUAACUCUAUUCUUACGUUGUUAUGUACAUUAGCUAAUGGGAGUUCGGAAGACCUUGUACAGCCAAAGAAUCCUCCCGUCUCAUUCGACCAUGGCUGUUCGGAUACUACCUUCCCUGAACCUACAGAAGGAGAUCCUUCAUCCUCCUGUCCAGCCAUCCAGUCACCAGCUGAACCUCUACAGGUCCCCCCUGCAGGUAGACUCACCCUCUCUCUUGUUGCUGUGGGGCCCGAUCAGGGCCAAUCCCAUGUACCUGUCCGGACCCUCUCGUUGCGUCUGCGACCAGACGACAGCUGGAUUGUCAAACACGACCAGAUUGAGGAUGGUGGUGACGCGCAAAAUCCUAUUGCCAAACGGCGACCUUUCUCGGAUGUGACCCCAGCGACUGCUCCCUCUGCACUUCCACUAGCAGAGUCCUCGACUCUGGGCGCCGUCGUUUCUGCCUGCCAAGGCAUCCAAUUUCCCCAUCAUCAGGGCUCACUGGCGGCCGUAAUAGCGGCCACGCGUCACUGA